GCAGCAGCAGUUGUGCAGUAGUACAUCGAGCCCCGAGAUACAAUAGAGAGAAAGAGAAAGAGAGAGAAGAGAGAAGCCCCUGGCAUAAUGUCAGAGGGAAGCCAGGUGGUGGUGCGUGGAGAACCUAAAACUCGCGAUUCCGCUGCUGCUCGUGCUUACGUCUCGCUCGAGUCUCGCUGCUUCGUGUAAUUAUUGCAAAGUAGCUUGUGCAGCAGUGUUGUUGUGCGCGUGAUUUUUUUCCUAAGGCCGCGAGUCGUCAUCUCUGUACAAAUUCACUGCACCGGAGUUGCCGUGGUCCUACGUAAAUAUAAGCUCAAAGCGGCGAUGGGCGAUCAACUCGAUGGAUUGACGGUGCAACGACAACAACCCCUGCUGCAUCGUCGUCGUCAAAGCAGCUCGUCGACGCGUCCAAUUCAACGUAAAUAAUAAUCCAGAAGCGCACGAGACGACGACGACGAGGAGACGAUGACCGGAUCGACGCUGGUCCGCUGCUCGCGCGGCAUCGCGUACGCGAGCAUGUGGUACGCCAGCAUCAUCGCGGGCUUCCUGUUUCUCGCCUGCCCCUUCCUCUGGGUGCUGCUCGUGUCGCCGCCCCUGUUCCGGCGCUGCGCCGAGCUCCUCUUCUCCUGCUGGGAGAUGUACCCGAGCUGCCUGAUGGAGCUGCUGGGCCCCAAGAUCCUGAUGACGGGCGAGCACAUCGAUCCGCGCGACUCGGCCGUCCUCGUGAUGAACCAUCGCACCCGGGUCGACUGGAACUUUCUCUGGGGCGCCAUGUACCAGGCCUGCCAGCCCCGCAUCGCCGCGCACAAGCUCAAGUUCGUCCUCAAGGAUCCGGUGAAGCACGUGCCCGGCCCCGGCUGGAUGAUGCAGAUCAACAACUUUCUCUACAUCAAGCGACGCUGGGACGAGGACCAGCAGCGACUGGCCCGCUCGCUCGACUAUCUCCUCGCCCAAAAACUGGCCGUGCAGCUGCUCAUCUUCCCCGAGGGCACCGACUUCACCCCGAGCAGCAGCCGGCGCUCGGACCUGUACGCCGCCCAGCACGGCCUGCCCGAGUACCGACAGCUGCUGCACCCCAAGACGACGGGCUUCACCUACGUGGUGAUGCAUCAGCAGCAGGCCGGACGCCUCGACGCCGUCUACGAUCUCACCAUCGCCUAUCCCGAUCACGUUCCUCAGUGCGAGCUGGAUCUGCUGCGAGGCAAAAUGCCCGACGAGGUGCACUUUCACGUGCGCCGAAUAGCCAAGCAGGACGUGCCCAAGGACGAGGAGAGUCUCAGGAGGUGGCUCGAGGACCGAUGGCGGAUCAAGGAGCGCCAGCUCGAGCUCUUUCACAAGAACAAGAGCUUCGUCGGCAGCUACGUCUGGCCAAAGUCGCCCCGACUGCCCUUGAUCCUUACCUUCCUCUUUUGGACCUCCUUGUCGACUCUCAUGAUGAUCUUGCUCGUUACCUCGCCCCUGUUUCAGCUCUGGACGAUCGCCAAUUUCGUUCUGUUCGUGCUCAUUUCUGCCUACACCGAGGGUUUCAAUCAGCUCGAAAUAAGCUGGUACUGGAAGUGGAAGUGUUUUUUAAGCAAGUGCACGGGCUCGUCGAAACGCGAGUAAAUUUCGCAAUUACUGCGUUGAUAAGUAACAAGCGCGCGUUACAAAAAAUAAAUCAAUGAAUGAGCCUGGCUAUUCUCGUACACGGUACUGUGAUAAUGAAAUCAUGUUUGCGUCAUUGUGAUGAAAAAUCAACGAUGCUCUACUACGCUUAUUACCGAGUGAGUAUGUAUAUGGCCGAAUCGUGUACUCGCAUCGCUACUAAUUUCCAACGAAAAUAAAACAAAUGUUAUCGUAGAGCAUUAAUUGUGAAUUGAAAGCUUUUGCUUUUGGUCGGAUUUUCUAUAAAACGAUUCGAUUGACGUUGUUGAAGAGAGUAUUUAAAGAGGAAACACCUAAACGUUAGAUACGAGAUCUAUUUUUUUACCAUUACCAAGAUAUUUUUGAUAUUUUUCAAAAGAGAUUUUUUUGGGCUUUCGUUCGUACCUGAGAAUGUAAUUUAAAUUUUACACCGAGGAAAAAAAUUAUGAAUACACAAGCGACUACUAAUCGAUAAAAGGCGAACUUGCUGUAACUAUCAUUGCCACACUUUUGAGCUAUUCGAAACAAAUGGGUACUUUAUACAACAGGGUCAAGAAACACGCUAGUAUAUAUUUUUCUCCGUGUAAUAAAAUAUUUUUAUUCCAUUUCAAUUAUUUGAAACAAAUUGCAUUUUCUAAGCUGCUACGUUUCAAAAUUGAAAUUAAUAAUAAUAUACGAUGAAAAACUUGUAAACUCGUUACUCGUGUAAAACCUACCUACUACAUAUUCUAAAAUUAAAAAUGUCUGCCACGAUUAAAGUUAAAUUGAACCUUCGAUGGUUCGUUCAAAUGUUUCCUAUAUACUUCUACGUUCGAAAAUCAGUACAAACACUUUUCUGACUAUCGACUAAAGAUUACUUAAUGCAAAAUUAGCGAUGUAAUAAAAUCUAGACUAUAAGUAGAAAAUUUUCAAAGUAAGACACAUGUGUUAUGAAUCAGAAUGUAUUCAUAAACGAGUCAUCCUUUGAAUCAGUAUUGCUAUUGUACGUAAACGAAUGAGGCUAUUCUUGUAAAUUGAUUUUUCCGAAUAUACAUUUACGUUGAUUUUUAAUUACUUAUAUAAUUAAAGUUUUCAGCAAAAAAAAGGAGUCCGUAAGCGAUAAACAUGUUCAGAGUAUGAAUACAAAACUAUUUUUUAAAUUAUUCAAGUUUCCGCCGUGAAAAAAGAAAAAGCACGAGUAUUUUUUUAAUAAAAACAAAAUGUUGACUCGUGUACAAACUGUAAUGUUCCAAUAGUUUUGCCACACCUUGUAUAACGAGAAGGUGAAUUCGUGUGCCAAAGAAAUGAGAGACCUUAGCUGGUUAUCGAUAUUCGAUCCUAAGGUAUUUAUUGUACAUAAAAUACAUGACAAUUAAUGUAGUUGCAGAUGUCAAAAGGAAAAAGAAAUAGGUAUGCAAUACGCUUAGGUAUAUGAUCUACGGCGUCGAGCAAUUGAAUUCAUUAUAAAAACUCGUUAUUUCAUUAUUUGCUACGUUGCAUCUCGAAUGAUAUUCUAAUGGCGGGUUAUGAACCUGCGAGUAAAUGUAUUAUUCUUGGAAUUAGUCAAAUUGGAAUGCAAACAUAGACGGAUAUUAAAAAUAAUGAUCGAAAAUAAAUUCAACAAAGAGACGAAGGACAUUUUGAAAAAGUUACCUGUAUAAACAAUCUACCAAAUAAUAAGAGUUAAUAAGUCGAGCUAGGAAGUAACGCUCAAAGAAAAAAUUUCAUUUUUUUCGCGAGCGAGCCAAAAAUUCACGAUAAAAAAAUAUAUAUAAAUGACUAAAUUAUACUGUCUAAGACAAAAUAUGUGAAUAAUUAAAACGAAGGAAUUUAUUGUAAUUCGAAUAGACGCAAGUCGAGUACUUGAGUAAAGACCAAUAAAAGUGGAAAAUUCAGUGUU